ACACUCCGACCUGUGACAGUAAUACGCAACACAGCGUCUAGUCUGCCGGAAAUUCAUACAAAAAAAGUCAACGGUGAACAAGAACAGUUUCCAGGUUAGCGUUGUUAUUUAUGGAUUUAUUAACACUCUGGAACUGAAGAUAUGACUAAUUUAACUGCACAAUAUCACACACUUAUCACAUGUAUUAUUUAGUUCGCAUUGGAGACCAGACGUUGUCAAUAGAAGUUAUCUAGGGGACGAUAGCUAGCUAGAUACUGACGUUAGCAAGCUGCUAACAAUGGCUAAAUGUAUGGUUUCUCACACUCAAAUAGCCUCCAUCAUGGAGGUACUAGCGAAUGCAGCCGUGGCAGAGAUCUGUAAAGUCGUAGACGACGACUAUGCAGUGUUUCGUUUGGAAAUAACUCAAACCCAAAAAGAAAACAGGACAUUGCGGAAGAAACUACAGCUACUGGAACUGAAGGUGGCACGGGAGCGCGUCCUCGCCAGUCCCAGUAGUGUCAAGAUCAUCGACCGAUACAGAGGAAUGGCAAGAGGUGGACGUCUCACUGGAGGCUACAGGAGCUUUGUGAAACCAGCGGGACACAAUACAUGGAGAGAUGACCAACCAAUCACUGUUGAUGAGGGGAGUGGAACAUCAACCCAGCACAUUAUCAUGAUAGAGUCUGCAGAGGCUGCAGGUCCUGGAGUCAAGCAGGAGAGGUAUGAAGGAGAGGAGGACCUACGGCACAGCAGAGACAUUCGGACUGGAGCAGCUAACGAGCCCACCGUAGCCAUGGAGGACCCCACCACCCCCCCAGUGCAGCCCAGGACCCGACGCAGAAUCACGGAGGAGGAGGGUCCAGAGGUGCUGCUAGUGAAGGAGGAGGGAUGUGAGGAGGGUCUGGGGAACUCUGAGGGGAACAUGGUCAUGGAGGACAACCAGACUACACCUCCUCCUGAACCCACAGAUGAACCAGCUGAGCAGCACAGGACCACACACAGUCUCACUGAGUCAGUAGACAUGGAGGAUGGGAAGCCUCAUCUGCUGCUGGUCAAAGAGGAGAAAGUAGAAGACAGACCAGAGAGCAUUGACCUGCUGAGUGGACUAAAGGUGGGGGAGCAAGGUGGUUGGCUGGAGGCUAACAGAGCAGACUGGGUGGCCAUCUUGGAUUCCCAGACCCAGACGGGUGCAGCUAAGAGCCCAGGGGACAAGGUCACUGAGCAGGCCAGGACCAGAGGGGACAGCAUCAACUUUGGGAUGGGGAACAACACUGUUAAGCACAACCAGAAACAGACAGUCGAUCACAAAACAACAAACAAACUUAGUCUCCAUGACAACAGACUGGCUGAGACCAGGGCGGGGCGUAGAUUAGGUCUGCGGGGACAGGGACAUCCAUCCUGCUCCUAUAGUUGUGAUUCAGAGAGACUGAUGGGGCCUCAGGUAAACCCCCUAACAGGUGCUGCCUUUAGCCUGCCUUCUAUAGGAUCUAUCGACUGGAACAUGGACCCUGCAACAACACAGACACUCCCUGGCCUUCGUCCUCCUCACACUCUCCUAAUGUUAAACCAGACCUCAGACAAUGCCAGUGCCUCAACACUAAAUGGCUACACAAGCCCAUUGACAAAUUACAGUAGUAGAGAUGGAAUCAGUAAAGGUGGCAGCGCCAAAGAGAAGCGAUUCCCGUGUUCAUUCUGUGGGAAAGCCUUCAGUUUCCCCAAACAGGUGAAGAUCCACCAGAGGAUGCAUACGGGGGAGAAACCAUUUGUCUGCCCCCUAUGCCGGGCCAGUUUCUCCCACCCGUCCAACCUGAAGAGGCACCAGAGGGUCCACACAGGGGUGAAACCCUUCAGCUGUACCCAGUGUCACAUGCGCUUCACCCAGGCUGGCCACCUGAAGAGGCACCAGAGGGUCCACACGGGGGAGAAACCCUACAGCUGCCCCCAGUGUGAGAAGAGGUUCUCCCACCAGCACCAUCUGAAGAUGCACCUGAAGAUCCACACAGAAGAGAGGCCGUUCGCCUGUACGUUACCUCAGGAUACACCAGCAGAAAAUGCACACGGCCUUGUAUAGAUUGUAGUGAUAUGUAGUAUUAGCUAGUAUAGUGUACAGUGACAUGUAAUGUAGUACUAGUUAGUUUGUAGUUAAUUACGUUGUUUUUGGAUGUAGUGGGGAACUGGAUGAGGUGAACUGAGGAAAGAAUGAGUAUGAUGAGACAGAGUAGAUGAUAUGGUGAUGAUGGUGUCUGUAAAAAUGCUUCAAUGAUAAAUAACCUUGUCUUUUUGUUUGAUGCUGGUGUUUUAUAAUGAGGAAAUUAUAGUGCCUUAAUUCAUGUUUACUUGACAUAAAUUAGUGAAGAUGUGCGUACUGUAAUGUUGAACCUUUUCCAAAGCGAGGGAACCAGAUUUACAGAAAAAGGUAAAGUGUUACCAUAGUGAGAAAAGUUAUUCUACUUGUCACAUAUACAGACAGUGCCUUGCGAAAGUAUUUGGCCCCCUUGAACUUUGCGACCUUUUGCCACAUUUCAGGCUUCAAACAUAAAGAUAUAAAACUGUAUUUUUUGUGAAGAAUC